AUGGGCAACGCAAGUAGUGCGAUGCUGGAGAACAUCGUACAAGGCUCAAAUUGCACGAUACGGAAGAGAUUCGUCAAGUUGGACAAGGAUAAUUCCGGUACUAUAGAGCGCGAUGAAUUUCUUAGUCUUCCUCAGAUUUCCUCGAACCCACUUGCGACCAGGUUGAUCGCCAUUUUCGACGAGGACGGAGGUGGCGACGUUGACUUUAAGGAGUUUGUAUCGGGCUUGAGUGCCUUUUCCAGUAAGGGGAAUAAAGAACAAAAGCUUCGAUUCGCAUUUAAAGUAUAUGAUAUGGAUCGUGAUGGCUAUAUUGGAAACGGCGAACUCUUUAUUGUGCUUAAAAUGAUGGUGGGAAGUAAUCUCAAAGAUCAACAGCUACAGCAAAUUGUGGACAAAACAAUGAUGGAAGCAGACUUGGAUCGCGACGGAAAGAUAAGCUUCGAAGAGUUCACAAAGAUGGUGGAGAACACUGACGUCAGUAUGAGCAUGACCUUAGGUAUGUGCGCUGUGACACACCCAGCGAAGCACCUUCCUAUAGGUCCACAGCUAAAAUUUACAGAUCAAUUCUAG